CGGGAAAACCGGUCAACAGUUGGGCGACAAAUACUUUAGUGGGACGUGAAGUUUGACAGUGUAUUUUGUGAAAUGGCCAGUCGUUUCAGAAAAUAUCGUGGCGAGCAGUUUCAGAGUGAGUUUGGCGUAAAAACUGUGCUGUAUUUAGUGGGAUAGGUUCAAUAUCUCAAAUCAAAGUUGCUCUACGGUCAAUAAUGUAUUUUGUCUGUUAAAUCGAUGUGAGCCGGUAACCUUGGUCGUCUCUUUCUAUAUAAUAACUUGCAUACAUAUAUAGGGAGGUGGAAAAAUAUUGCAAAGUGAAGAAAUUUUCCACGCUUUUUCUUCCCACCCGACUAAAUGUCUCUGUGGUGUCACGAGAAGGAAAAAGUUUACAAUUUCACGUUGGAUAUUGGAUUACAUUGUAUCGCAAAUGGAAGUGAAAUGUCUGAAAAAGUCUAAAAGUUCUGGGUAAAAAUGACCGACAGAGAGAGAGAGAGAGAGAGUGAGAUGAGAAGGAAAAAAACUGCACACCAACACGCACACAGUACGGUUGUGUGAAAUGCAGCCCCGUCACACGCCCAAGCAGAACACGUCUGGUUGAAAACAAGGCGACUCAGUGUCGUUCAAGAGAGCAAGAGACUCUCAAUUUCUCCAAAGACAAGAGGAAUCCAAGCGCCUCGCUGUGACAUUUCUUCGGGCUCAGCCCAUCUCGCGUCCGGAUCGCCAGACUGUGUCUGAAGAUGCACCAGGUGUCGUAGAGAGACUGCAGAUCACUCCAAGGGACGCCCACGAGCGGUCAGAGUCACUUCCCCGUCGCCUCGAUGCACAUUGAGUGAGCCACCUCCGCAGAAGUGUCACUACCCCCGUGCCAGUUGGCGUCUCUUCCACGCAAUCUGCCCCCGAUUCGCCGAUAAAAGCAGCCCGCGACUGCCUGUGGAUCGGCAUCAGACGGUGAUUCGUGUGCCAGAGUGGCGGAUACCCGUGCAAACUGGGGGAUUUUUCCACUGGGCGCCCCGGAGAGGAGUGUGAGAAGUGACAUUGGACGUCCGGAGAGACAUAACCUAACAUAUUUGCUCAAUUGUGUCAACACAGCAAACGCGCAGUGCAUCUGUUCUGCUUGCCUCCCUUUCACCCUGUUCUCCACACUGCGCCACACCUUCCGGCGCCGUGGGGCCCGUGCACGGGGCUGCAGAGUCUGAUUCAGCAGGAAAUUGGAGCCCCGCAAGGGCCUGAAGAAAAACAGUGUCUGUGGGCGAACGUGUGCAGUGUUUUCUUUCUCAUCUUUCCUCCGGAAAAGAGAUAAAAAAGAGAAAUGCGAGUGUCGGCAUGAAGUGCAUUGAUAAAGUGAGUUGUGUGAUUGUAAAAUCUAGGAUUUAGGUGGUCGUGCAUCCAUUGAGCGAAGCAGGCAAAGAGAUAAGCAGUCCCUUGGCCGCGUUGCAGCUGAAGGCGAGGAGAGAAGGAAAGGGAUUUGUGGACAGACGACUCAGCAGAGCCCCCAUUUCUCUCGCAACUCUUUGCCACUCCGUGUGAUAUUUUGCCAUGCCGGGCAGCCGAUCGUCGCGAUCCAGCAACAACGAGCCAGACCAUCAGAAAUCACCGAGUGGCGAAGAUUCCGAAGAUGAGAGCGAAAUCUUAGAGGAGAGUCCGUGCGGACGAUGGCUGAAGCGGCGGGAAGAGCUGGAGCAGAGAGAUGUUCCCGGCAUUGACUGUGCUUACCUGGCGAUGGACACAGAGGAGGGUGUCGAAGUUGUGUGGAACGAAGUGCAGUUUUCCGAAAGACGAGACUUCAAAUCGCAGGAGGAAAAAAUCCAGCAAGUUUUCGAGAACUUAACACAACUGGAGCAUCCGAAUAUAGUCAAGUUUCAUCGGUAUUGGACCGAUACACAUAACGAUAAGCCUAGGGUAAUAUUUAUAACUGAGUGCAUGUCCUCCGGGUCACUGAAACAGUUCCUAAAACGGACUAAGAGGAAUGUUAAGAAACUACCACUGCAGGCGUGGAGGCGGUGGUGCACACAAAUAUUAUCAGCUCUAAGUUAUUUGCAUUCCUGUUCGCCGCCAAUUAUACACGGCAACCUUACCUGUGAUACAAUAUUUAUUCAACACAAUGGUCUAGUAAAGAUUGGUAGUGUAGCUCCCGAUGCCAUUCACCAUCAUGUAAAGACAUGCAGGGAUAAUAUGAAGAAUAUGCACUUUAUUGCACCAGAAUAUGGUGCUGCCCUGACACCUGCCAUAGAUAUUUAUUCAUUUGGUAUGUGUGCAUUGGAAAUGGCCGGCUUGGAAAUACAAGGCAACGGCGAUUCCGGAACACUAGUCACUGAGGAAAUGAUUACACGAACAAUUGAAAGCCUCGAUGAUGCUCAACAAAAGGACUUCAUCCUAAAGUGCCUGAAUAAAGACCCCGCCGAACGAGAUAGUGCUAGGGAAUUAUUAUUUCAUCCACUUUUGUUUGAAGUUCACUCGCUUAAGCUGUUAGCGGCGCAUUGUCUAGUUGAUACGGCACCAAAUUUACAGCAAGAGCCGACAAUUGACGAAGCAAUGCAAAGAGUGUAUAAACCCGACAUUGUCCUUGCGGACAUUUCUCGAGCCAAUGAUCCUGUGGAAGUGAGAUUAGCUGAUGUGCAAUCGGCUGAGAAGCUGGAGAAGUUCGUGGAAGAUGUGAGAUUUGGCGUUUAUCCCUUGACUGCAUUUCCGGCCCAACAACCGCCGCCACCGCGACCAAGAGCUAUAUCACCAGAACCAACGGAGUCUGUGAAGUCAGUGACGCCAGAACCUCUAGAUGUAGAAACUAGGAAAGUUGUGAAUAUGAUGUGUAGUGUAAAGCCAAGAGAAGACAGCUGUGAUCUAAUGAUGACAAUACUACUCCGGAUGGAUGAUAAAAUGAAUAGACAACUGACAUGCCAAGUCUCUCAAGAUGACUCAGCGACGCAUCUUUCUGAAGAAUUAGUACAUUUAGGAUUUAUUCAUGAGACGGAUCGGGAAAAAAUUGCGUCGCUGAUUGCAGAUACAUUGAGCAGCUAUUUCAGUAAACUCAGCAGCGCUUUGAUGCAGGGCGUCGAUCCAAGCCACAUGCAGAUGCCUGUCCAUUCGGCCAGUAUUGAGCGCAAUUGGACUGUGGCGGACAGCAACUCGCCGAGUGGCGGCGGCGGAGGGAUUGCGUCUGAUGGCCCGUCCACGCCCACCACCGUCUUGGCGUCUCCGGCGUCCACGAGUACAUCGAUCGCCGCCAAUCUGGAGAUUCCCGGCGGCGUCCAGAAGCAGCUGACGCCGCAGAGCGAAACGUCAGAAGUGGCGAACGAUGUGUUGUCGAUGCCAAUGAGAAGUGCAGCGCCGGAGAAGAUGACUUAUGUCGCUGAGGCGGCAAUUAACACCACCAUCGCGCCGACGUCAACAACAACCACCUUGCCGAUCACCACUCAGGCGCACAUCAAGAGCGUGGCGCCGCGAGGGGCUGAAUGAUCCGCGGCGGGAAGGCGGAAGUCGCGAAGUUCCGUCACGAAUGUCAGCAAGGGGAAAGGCCAGCAAGUGAAGAAGGAUUGUCCAUAGAAUAUAUGACUUUCUUCAGUGGCAAAAGAAGCAGAAUUUUGCGCCUAAAACAGCUUCACACUUACGAUAGACGAUUGUUUAGUGUUUGUAAAUGUAAAACAAGGUAAAAAACAGACGAAAUUAAUGAAACAAAUAUGACGAAGACGCUCGAAGAGAAUGAAAGCGUCUUAAAGCGACUUUGCUUGUACUUCCCAUCGCGCACAAAUUCGACGUUGAGACAAAAUGGGCCUUUCUCCACGACUUUCGCAAUUUCCAUCCUUCCCUGGCAGUCAGAGAAUCGAAGGUGGUUUUAGAGAUCUAGAUUAAGAGACAUUUUAGGCAAAAGUCCUUAAAUCAAACAAUAUAUCUUAAACAUGAAUGAAGUGAAGUUUGAAAGAAAAACUUCACUGCAAACUGAAUUGUUAUAAAUGAACGAAAUGCAAAGAGAGAGAGAGAAAGAGAAGGAAAGAAGUAAUGAUGCAAAAAUCGAAUGAAAAGGCAUGAAUAUUACCAAAAAAAAAGAAAGAAGGGAGAAAAGAAAAGUUCAUUAAACUCUGCACAAGUGUAUAAAGACAUUGUGAGAACAAAGCAUUACUGUGUCGAUGAUUCACGCCCAAUUCUUGCACACAAGUUUGCGAAAAGAACUUUCUCAGAGAGAGAAAGAAAGAGACUUUAUUUUGCCCAAGAGAGAGAGAUGAUCUUCAUUGCGACCAGUUUUCACUUUGUAGAUAGAAGGCAAUGUUACAAUUUAACCCGAAAUGUCUAAAAAAAAACACUAUCAGUGCGAUUUCACAUGAAAGUGUUACCGCGUGAGAAAGAGAGAGAAAUGAGGGUGAAAGAGAGGGAAUGAGGGGAGUUUUAGAGAUGUUAAAAAAUGCGCUGUGAGCACAAAAUACAUAUUUUGUAAUGAUUGCAAAAAAUUAUGAAUUUUGGAAUGAGAAGAGAAAAAGAACGAUAACGCAAUUUCCUUAAUUCCUUUCCUUUCUGCAUUAAGAUUUUGAACAGGAUUUUUAUAAAAAUUGAUUAUUUUGACUGUCCAAGCAAUACUUUUUCAACACAUUUUAAUGACUAAAGUUUCCUUCCGCAAACUUGAUUUUUUUUUUGUUAGAAAUGAAGAAAAGAAAAACACACUUGAAUAUGAAAAUACAGGGGGCGAGGCUGUGCAGAUCAUUGGAAAAAGUAUAAAAAACUAGAGAAGAAAAACAUUGGAUAAAAUGUAGAAGAUUUUAUGUGGAAAAAUUUGCGAGAAAAUGAUUGAGACCAAAAUUUCGAACUUGAAUUUUUAAAUCUAGUCUCGCACCCUUCAAAAAAGAAACACACACAAAAAUUCUAAAAGCUUGACAAACAUUUUAUACUUCUGCAGAAUACUUUUCUCAUUGCUUCUAAUUAUGAUUUUUCACACACACACACAGAAGUGAAAGUGAAGAAAACAGAAUCGAUAUUAUUUAAUGGUAUAGAAUGAAGAGAAACACACUUUAUUGACAAAGAGGUGGAAAGAAUACAUAAAACAUUAAAUGUAAGUUAGUUGGAUUUUGUCCGAAUAUCAAUUUCGUUCAAAUGGAAUUUGAUUAGCAUCCAUAUAUAUUUAAAAUAGAAAAAAAGAGAGAGAAAUGUUAGUAAAAAAAAAAGUGGAUUUGUCUAAAUUCUUCACACGACUGAGUUGUUUUUUCCUUUUUCUGCAAAGAAACGCCCAUUUAUUUUAUGUAUUUUUUUUUAUUAGUUUAUGGAUUAGAAAUAAUUUUAUACACUUAUAUAUUCAUAUAUAUAAAUAUAUAUAUAUAUCAGUUUUAUUUCUGCACUAAAGCAACAUAUUUUCCAACUGCCAUAGAAUGUUUUAUUUUGCAAAAUUACAGAAGAAUUUCAGUGAGAAAAAAAAUGUUCUUUUUAUUUGUGCAAAUUGAGCCUUCUUGAAAUCGAACGUAAUAAAAAUUCAUACAGCAAAUAGAAAAGAAGAAGAAAAAACAGAGAAAGAGUAGAAAUUUGGAAAAUAUCCAAUUCUCAAGCCAUUUGUAAAGUAAAAGUGAAGAAAAAAUAUGUAUUAAAGUAUAGGCAAAAUUAAAAAAAAAAACCAACAAACAUAUAAAAUGUGGAAAUAGCACGUAAAAUAUUAGACCUUACAGUAAUUCAUUGUUAACGGGAGGGAAAGAGUAAGAGAAAGAGAAUGAGAGACGCAAGAUCAUCAGAACGAAGUGUAGAAAACUGAGAGGAAAAGUGAAGCUUAGUGCAAAAGCUAGUCAUAUCGAAGAAAAUCCCAAAAAUGUUCAUACGCAAAGGCAGUAGAUGCUAGUUUAUGUAAUUAUAAAUGAUAAAGAAAAAAUGAUAGUAAAUAGAGAAAAUAAUAGUGAAUAUGAAUAUAUAUUUUAUAUAUGUGCGCGCGUGCGUGAGUGCAGAAGGCAUAAGCAUAAUGUUGACACGGAGAAUAAGAAAAAAAUCACACUAUGAAUUAAUCUUUAACGAGUAAAUUGUGAGAGGAGAGAAAACAUUUUGCUAUAUUCUUUUUCUACGAAAAGCGCGUGUGAAGAGAGAGUGUGAGUCACUGAUGACAUGUGAGAGAGAGAGAGAGAGAGAGAGAGAGAGAAAGGAGAUGAAAAACUAUAUAUCUUGCACUAAUUCGGAGUCCAGGCAAAGAAAAUUCGUUCGUUUGGCAAAUUUAUACAUCUUUUAUUUUUGUUUUUAGAGAGAUUAUUGAUUUAUUCCCAUGGAAAAUUACCUGAGAAAUUUUGUAAAUUGACGAAAUAUUCCAAAUACCAAAAUUUGCGUGUGUUCUUGCUGCACUUUUGUAAUAAACAAACAACAACAAAAAGAAAGAAAAAGAAAAGAUUCUUUAUAUGUCAUAAAGGAAAUCAAAAGAAUAAUUGUAUUUUGACUUAUUGUUUUAUGUUUUUUUUGUAUAUUUGUUUCAUUAGUUAAUUCUUUUUUUUUCGUCAUAAAAUAUUAUAAUUGUAAGCUUGCAAAAAGAAGAUGAAGAAAAAAAAGGAUAUUUGUGUCCCCCAAAAAUCACCCUGACGCAUUUCAAUUUAACAGAUUAAAGAAGAAGAAGA